CUCGCUUGAAGCGCUGCCGCGCAUGAUUGCGUAUGUUUUACUUCGGUUUGUUUUGAUUCUCUAUCGUCGUUAGUAAUCCUUAAAAUUAUACUGAUAUUUCUUUAAGCAAUAUUUUUAUCAAAGUAAGGCAAAUAUGAGUGAAGAUAACAGAAAAAAUAAUGGCGACCAGCCGUUUGAACUUGAAAGUCAAUUCAUUUUACGCUUACCGCCGACUCCCGCAGCAGCCUUAAAAGCUGCUGUACGUUCUGGAGCUAUGAAUGUCGAAGAUAGACUGUCUAUACAAAUGGAUAAUGAUAUGAGACAUGCCACUGUUCAGUUUGAUAAGUGGACUUUAUCAGCAAAAGUUAAUGACCUUCCUACUAUUAUUGAGUCUUGUAAAACAUUAGACAGGAAAAUCUUCUACAAAACAGCGGACAUUUGUCAAAUUAUGAUUGCUCAGGAAGGAGAUGCAGUGAUGCCUGAAGAAGAAGUAUCCCCUAAGAAAAAAGAAAAGGAUAAAGAUAAACGAUACAUGUUGCCUCAUGGCAUCACAGCACCUCUAAAAAAUGUUAGGAAGCGAAGAUUCCGUAAGACGUUAAAAAAGAAAUAUGUUGAUUUACCAGAUGUAGAAAAAGAAGUGAAACGUCUUCUUCGAACUGACACAGAAGCACUACAUGUGCGGUAUGAGGUUGUGAAUGCUGAAGAUGAAAAAGCAGAUGCCAAAAACAAUGAACGUGGCGAAUUCGAAGGAGAAUCCUUUUCUCUUGAAGAAAGGGAACUGAGUAAUUCACAAGCAGCUGAUGUUGCCGAAUAUGACAUUUUUGGUGAAGUUCUAAGUAGUUCUGAAGAAAGUGGUGAUGAAGAAGAUGUGAAUGUUGUCGAUAUUGGGCAGGCUGCUCGUAAAUUAGAGAGCAUUAUUGAAGAACAGGGAAAAAAUGAUGAAGAAUCUAAAGAAGAAAUUGAUUUAGCUAAGAGCAUGCAGUUGAGUCCAGCACAGGAAAAUCCAUAUGAACAGGAAUAUGAGCAUGAGAGUGAUAGUAUGGCCGUGUCUCAGUUAGAAUCUGCAACAGCUGGUGAAAACCUUGGUCAGUUAUUGAAAGAACAAAAAACAGAAGAAGAAAAAGUGGCUCUAAUGGAGAAACUUGGUGAACUUGAACAUAUCAUAUCAAGUUUGCAGGCUAAACGUAGAGCUCAAGAACUUGAAGUAAUGAACAUUGAAAAUCAAGCCCUCAAACAAAGAUUUCAAAAUAGUAUUGAACGUCUGAAACAAGAUGAGAUGGAAAAACAAAUGGAAUAUGAUGAAAUAAUGAGCAUAUUACAAGAAAGCUAAGUUCUGUGAAAUGUCAAUGUGUAUAAAAGAGCUGAAACCUGGCAAAAAAAUAUUGCUUGAUGUGAUGAAAGAAGAUGGAAACUUUUCCCAUUUUCUUUUCUCUCUUUUUAAUAUUAUUUGUAUAAAACUCAUCAUUCACAUUAAAUUCACCACAUUCUGUCAAAUGACCAUUUUCUAUAAACAGUUUAUAAUGUAUAAAUUGUCAGUGCAUGUAUAAUGUUCUAAAAAUAUUGAAAUAUAAUAGCUAUCCCAAAUGGAUUUGAUCAUUCU